CACUCAUGCUGCUGCCAGGUCCAGAGUCUCUCAUGGGUCCUGUUACGGCCUCCCAUUGCAUGCGUCUCCAUCGCCACACUCUGCCUAUGUGCCACUUUCUGGUUCUCCUCUAUCACGCUGCUGUUUUGAUGUUGAAUUUUUUGGACAUAGGGGUGGCUUUCUUUUGUUUUGCAGAUUACGGGCCUCCUUAUAGCUGCUGCCAGGGCCUCCUAAUCUGCCCAUAGGCCCCUAUAUACCGCCGCCUCAUGCUGACUGCCUGGUCCACAGUCUCUCAUUCAUGGGUCACUGUCACGGUCCUCCUCACACUGCUGCUGUGUCUCCAUCAGCCUCACAAGGGUGGCUGCCAGAUUACGGCCACCUUUCAGGUUGCUGG